CCGCGCCAGUGCGGGCCCUCCGACGCUCAGCGCCGUUCCACCUCCAGGAGCAGACGGACCGCUGGCAGUCGCUGCGACGCUGGAACCGCCGCCAUGGUGCUGAAGAACUUCUCACUGGCCGGCCUGAGGCAGAACUACGCACUGAUUCCGCUGGUGGCGAUGCUGGGCGCGGCGCUCACCGGCGUGGUGGCCUUCUCACUUCGCACUGCGCUGCGCACGCCCGACGUCUCUUACCGCAAACAGCAGAACCCCGAACCGUGGAAUGAGUACCGCGACAAGGAGUAUCGGCUCUACAACCCGAAAAACAUCCCCAAGGACCACUGCCCGGCACCCAAGUUCGACUGAGUGGGCGUGGCCCGGGUCAGGCCGCGGAGCAUAGAUAUGCGUUCUGUGAUGCCCCGCUAGGGUGGGUUAUGUGUUUGAGCGUAGUGGGUUGAAAUGAACAUGGUGUCCAUGUAAUGUGAUGGUGCUACAGUCUUUUGCGAAGUAAUGGUGGAAGUGCCGUGGCAGAGGCGUGCCGAAUGGCACAACCAUACCGUAAUACAUACUGUUGUGUCAUGAUGUGAGAAUUCACCUAUCACUUAUAUCCAGCGUGCGCCAUGCGUCUACCGCCGCAUCCGAACAAAUAAAAAUAAUUCCACAAACAGCCUUAGACCUAGAUGUAAAAGUGGUGUCAUGAAGCAAUGCAAGCCACUCCAAUAAGAGAUCCGUGUCCCCACUGAAUGACUCAUGCAUGUUUGUAUUGUUAGUCGUACGGCUGUGAGUAACCUGAAGUAACCUGCCAGUCAUAAUAUUUAUGACUCCAAGUAAAUCUAUAAAUCAUAUGCCGAACAAAUGUUUCGUUAAUUAUCAAA